AUGGCCGCCGAAGAAACGCCCCUGAUCUCUCCUCCCACGCAGGAAUGCGCUUUGACGUGGACAGUCAUCGCGGCCAUUCUGUCGGAUACAAUUGCCUCCUUUGUUGUUGCUGUUGAUGGCACCAUAACCUCCACUUUAUCCUCAACGAUCGCAAGCGAGUUCCAGUCCCUCGCUAUUAUCUCAUGGCUUGGUGCCGGGCACCUUAUAGGCCUGGCCGCGACACAGCUAUUGACCGGGAAGUUCAGUGACAUCUUUGGCCGGAAACCCAGCUUUAUCUUCGCGACGCUGGUGUUCACUCUUGGGAAUUUGACUUGCGGAUUUGCUGGCUCACGUACCAUGCUCAUUCUUGGACGGGUCAUUGCGGGUAUCGGUGGAGGUGGCUGCAGCUCAAUUGCUACCUAUAUCUCAUCAGAUCGCAUUCCACCGCGAUACCGUGGCAUUUGGCAUAGUGUGUCCGUAAUGGCAUUUACUGCGGGUAUGGGCUGUGGGGCGGUUGUCGGCGGUGCGGUCAAUGAUGCUGUAGGCUGGCGAGGGGCGUUUAUCAUGCUUGCGCCAAUGUCCGUCUCUGCUGGAAUUUGCAUGGCUAUUUUUCUCGGUUUCGGCUUUAGGCUACGGCGAAUCGACUAUGGUGGUUCUAUCGCCUUGGUGUCGUCUCUGGCGUUGUUUCUUACCUACGUGAAUAAUGAAGAGCAUCAGUCGGUUGCUUUUCUUCUGGCGGCGCUAUGUUUUGCCAUUUUCCUCACGAUUGAGCUCUGCUUUGCGAAGGAACCGAUUAUUCCACUGAGUGUCUUGGGUGAGCGGACGGUCUUAGCAGCAUGUCUGUGCACCGCAUUCACGUCAAUGACAAUGUACACUUUUAUGUAUUAUAUCCCCCUGUAUCUGCAGCUGCAAGGACACUCUACCAGCCAGACGGGAGUCCUGCUUCUCCCUGAGCCUAUCGGAGCUGGGCUGGGGUCUGUCGCAGUUGGGCUUACCACCAGUCUCUCGGGAAAGUACGGACCGUGGAAGAUCAACCAGCCAAUGUUCAUCUUUUUUGGCUCUGUGGGGAUUGCGACACUCUCCCUACACUCACCACCUGUCUUGGCUCUGAUAUACCAGUUUGUUUACGGAUUCGGAUAUGGUGGACCUCUAACUGUACUGCUACUUGCUUUGAUCAGUGCAGUUCCGCAUGAACUACAGGCCACAUCAACAUCUAUACUACUUACGUUUCGAUCUAUUGGACCGACCAUCGGCCUGUCCGUUGCUGGCAUCUUGUUUCGCAGUCGUUUCAAUCAACCAGCCACGGACCCUAAUGAACAAAAUCAAGUUGCUUCAACGGAUUCGGCAGCUAGCUACCUACAGUUGCAUCAGUUUCAUACCGAAGAUAGUAGUGACAGAUCCCAUGCUCGUCAUAUGUGUGCACUGCAUGGCACUUUUCAGCUUGCUGCAGCUUUCGCGACUGCGGGUUUUAUUUGCGCCAUGUUUAUAGAGAAUCACGAGAUGAGAUCGACUUUGCAGAAGGGCAAGAGCGCUGUACCAGGUGAAAACAAUGCAGAUGAAGAAUCCGAGCGUGUAUAG